AUGGAAGCAAGAACUCACAUAGCCCUUGUCUCCAUCCCUGCCUUUAGCCACCAAGUUUCAAUUCUUGAGUUUGCAAAGCGACUCGUUCAUCUUCACCACUUUCAUGUCACAUGCUUCCUUCCCACACUUAGUUCAUCUACCAUUUCCUCCAAACCCUUCUUUGAUACCCUCCCUCAAAGCAUAGAUUGCAUUUUCCUUCCCCCGGUAAACUUUGAUGAUCUAAGGAAUAGUGUUUCACUUGAAUCUCAACUUCAACUUGCAGUUUCUCGCUCUAUGCCAUCUAUACGUGAAGCUUUGAGGUCACUACAUAGCACUAGCUCCUCAUCCAGUAUUGUUGCUUUGAUUGUUGAUGCUUUCGCACAUGAAGCACUAGAAUUUGGUAAGGAAUUGAACAUCUUAUCCUACAUAUACUUUCCUUGUUCAACCAUGUUGCUAUCACUCUGCCUAUAUUCUUCAAAACUUGACGAAACAGUUUGUUGUGAGUACAAAGCUCAUCCCAAACCAAUAGAGAUUCCAGGUUGCAUAUCUAUUCAUGGCAUAGAUCUUCCAAACAGUUUUCAGGAUCGGUCAAGUUUAACAUACAAGUUGUUUCUUAACCGAUGCCAAAAAUUUCUUCUAGCUGAUGGAAUCUUAAUCAAUAGCUUCAUAGAAAUGGAAGAAGGAGCAUUAAGAGCAUCCCAAGAAGCUAGUGGUAGCACUCUUGUGUAUCCAAUUGGACCCAUUACACAAAAAGGGUCCAGUAUUAAGAAAAGUAGUUGGGAAUGUUUAAUAUGGUUGGAUAACCAGCCACCUAACUCAGUUCUCUAUAUUUCCUUUGGAAGUGGAGGCACACUUUCACAAGAGCAAAUUAAUGAGCUUGCUAUGGGAUUGGAAUUGAGUAACCAUAAAUUUUUAUGGGUUAAUUUGAGAGCACCAAAUGAUAGUGCAAGUGCUACUUACCUAAGUGAUGAUUGGGUGGACCCUUUACAUUUCUUACCUUCAGGAUUCUUACAUAGAACAAAAGGUAAGGGUUUGGUUAUGUCUGGUUGGGCACCACAAAUUGAGAUCCUUGCUCACAAUUCAGUUGGUGCAUUCUUAACUCAUUGUGGUUGGAAUUCAAUUCUAGAGAGUAUUUUGCACGGAGUGCCAAUGAUAGCCUGGCCACUAUUUGCUGAACAAAGAACCAAUGCUGUUAUGGUUACUGAAGGCUUGAAAGUUUCCGUGAGGCCCAAAAUUAAUAGCAAUGGUGUAGUGGUGAAGGAGGAAAUUGCUUGUCUCAUAAAGAAUCUCAUGGAGGGUUUAGAGGGUGAAGAAAUUCGUAGAAGAAUGAAAGAACAACAAAACUUAGCUGCUUGUGCCAUAAUGGAAGAUGGGUCAUCGACAAAGACCCUAUCUCAGUUGGCACUCAAAUGGAAAAGCAUGGGAAGAUCAUCAAAAAAUUGA